AUGCCUUACCACGAUGAGGAAUACCCGGACCAGACCCUGUGGCAGGCAGUGGUACUCUUCUGCUGUAAAGGAAUGAUCGAAGGCAUUAUGGUCGUACUAUUCUUCUGGCUGCUCAUACAGGUCCUGUUCACCAAGCAACUGGAAGGUAUGGUUCAGCUGGAAGUCCAUCUGCAGGUUCUGCUGUUGGUUGGCUUGGUGACAUUCUGUCUCUGUCUAAUCCUGGGCUGUGUGUUGUGCUGGAAGAGGAGUAAGACCUGUCCUCUCCAAGACCAGGAGCCCAGAACACCACCACCACCUGGUGACACCAUGACCCUGGGAGUCCAGGCACAGAGCCCCACCUCACCUCAUCCUCCCCAGGCAGGGACCACCACAACCAGGCAGCAGGACGAGGAUCUAGACGGGGAGGUGGUGGAAUACCCCACCACCUUCAGCAGCUCUACUCCCUCCGAUGACGACUUCACCACCCUUCCCCUCUCCUCCGACCGCUCCUCCCGUGGAGCCUCCUCCCAUGGAGCCUCCUCCGAGCACAAGGAGCAGCAUCCCAAGUCCUACUUCCCCCUGCGUCGUCUAUCCACACCCUCCAUCGCCUCCCCGCACUACAAGCCCAUGAACUCCCACCAUGGCGGUGGACGCUCCUCUUUCCCCUCCCUCCCUCGCCUGGGUAUCAUCUCCAAGACUCGCCAGACUCUGGAGCGGAGUUGCUCCAUCACAGGUCACAGCCUCUACAGCGAGCGCAGAAGACUCACCAGUACAUCCUCAUACCAUACCCCUUCCACCUGCGCCCCCGAGGAUGGCCACUUCGCCCCCAUCCCACUCCACACCCUGCACUACGGGUCCAGCUGCAGAGCACCAGCUCGGCCGGCCCCAACCCUCCACUUCACCAUGUCCUUCUCCUCAGAGAAAGGCACCCUGAGCAUCACGGUCCUCAGCCUGACCGGAACCACUCACCGCCUGGGGGAGGUGUCUGUGAUGGCCAACCUAGACCCUCUGUGCCCCUGCCCCCUCCAGGCCUCCACCCUCUGUAGCCCCAGCCUUAGCCCCAACUCCAGCCUUAGCCCUGGGCCUAAUCCGGACCCCCACACCCUGGGCUUGACCAUGAAGGCUGGUUCCCUGGAGGAACUUCAGCGCUGUGUGCUCAGACUGGUCGUGUACACACGAAACCUACCCAGCCUGAGGGCUCUCUACUGGGGGAACUGGAGCGUCAAGGGUAAGACCUGCUCUGUGAUAGUAGGGAUCAUGUUGCAUCAGAUUGUAACCUUUGACCCCAUGCAGAGCCUGACCUCCCAGGAUGCGGCGACCAGUAGAGGACUGAGCCUCAACCCACAGGUCCAGGGUCAGCUGUUUAUUCUGCUCCAGUAUCAGACCCUGGCCCACCGCGUCAAGGCCAUGGUCCUCCAAGCAGAUAACCUGGCCAACCUUACACCAGGAGCACCAGACUCCCAUGUGGUGAUCAACCUGCGUCAUGACGGGUUGGUGAUCGAAACCAAGGAGACCAGGGGUGUGGGCGGGGCCAAUACCCCCUUCCUGUUUGACCUGCCCCCUGGUGAUGUCACUACGCUGCCCCUCAUGAUGGAGUUCAUCGUCAUGCAGGAGCACGCGUACUCCAAUAACACGGUGCUGGGGAGAGUUCUGAUUGGUUCAGAGGCUCCAGAGACGGGACGUUCUCAUUGGAGGGACAUGUGUAGCCAGGGUCAGGUGGAGAGGGCACGCUGGCACACCGUCGAACAAGAACCUUUGGAAAACAAUAAAAACCAAUCAGACUCAGAACAUUGGGAUACUAAACUAAUAAGAGAGACAGAUCCGGCUUGGGGUGGAUUAGCGAAUGGGCAGUAG